AUGGCUCCUCCCAAAUCUGGCACCAUGUCGCACGUCUCGUCUACCAGUCGCAACAACAACGACAAGAAGGCCGGUUCGAGCUCCCACGAUUCCGACGAGACUAUCUCCAUUGACGAGAACAUUAAUGAAUCUGCUGCUUCGUCCGACGCCGAAUAUGCCAUCAAAUCCGAGGCUGAAUCUGUCUUCAAUGGAGUCCAUGUCCCCAAUGUCGCCAGUGCCGAUACCGACUCUGACGAGGACAUACCUGACGCGCCCGAUGCGCAGUCGACUCCAGCUCACGGUAGAGGCCGAGGCCGAGGUGGUCGCGGCAAGCGAGGAGGUGGAUGUGGAAGCCGUGGUGCCGGUGCAGGUCGCGCCAGAGGCCGAGGUCCCACUGCCAUGAACCAGUCCAUCCGAGCCCCCGGCGCUCCCCCUGUUGCUCGUGCUGUCCGCCAUUCCCCUGUUGCCCGUGCUGUCCGCGCUGUCCGCGCUGCCCGUGCUGCCCGUACUGCCCGUGUUGUCGAUCGGGCUGCACUGAGAGUCAAAGAGGAGGACGAGCGUGCUGCUGGAAACGGAGGUGUCAAUGGUGUCGCUGGUAACGGAGGUGCCAUUCGUGCUCCCGAUUACAUUGAACAUGAUUACCGCACCCUGUUCAAGAAUCUCAAGCAUCACUUGGAGUCCGUCGACGUAUACUCCACCAUCUUCUACGACAAUGCCUGGAAGGCUGUCGACACUAGCCGGGAGGACCGCAGCGCUUUCCUGGUUCUGUCACAGGUCAACCAGGGCAUCCAGCGGGCCCUUCGCGCACUGGACACCGUUUACUUCCCCGACGAGGAGCCUGAGAAGUUCAUGGAGGGCGACAGAGUCUUCCACGCCGGAGAGUAG